AUGUCGACCAAGAAGGCCCUCAAAGAUAUCCGUGCAAAGCUCUCGGCCAACGACUCGGAGACUGCACUGUAUGACAGCAACCAACUGUUGCGUUCUAUCGGCGACAAGGACCCAGACGCUCCAACAGUUCUUGCAUACCGCGCCCUCGCACUCACCCACCUGGAGCGGACAGAUGAGGCGGAGAAGUCUUACCUCCACGCCCUUGGUCUCGCGCCGGGCCACCCCUUGGCUACGCCAGGUCUGAAGAAGCUCUAUAUCAAGCACAAGCAGUGGGACAAGCUGGGUCAGAUCCUGGAACUGGCGGUCCAGGUCACCUAUGACGAAGGUGACGGAGACAAGCUGUCGGCUGCGCUUCAGGAGCUCGUCGAGCAUCGCCUGCAACAUGGCCCAGAGGACAAGCUGUAUGAUACGCUGCGCCUGCUCGUGCCGUCGUCGCCGCUCGUGCCCAUGAUUCAGGCCACGCCGAUGCCUGUAGGCGGCUACGUGCCGCUGCCUGCGCCGACGUACCCUGUACCACCCAACCAGAAGCCACCCGCCAUCCCGAGACCCCUGCCGCACGUCCAUCACUUGGCAGGCUCGCUCGCGAUUGUCCUCUACGUCUUGCUCCGCACCCAGGCCGAAAUCCACACCGUGACAGAGACCAAAGUCAAGGCCGGGCGCAUGCGUAUCGGCGCAGGCACCGAGCGCGACGUCCGCCGCAAGGUCGACGGCGAGGUGCUCUCUGGUCCCCUCGGAGCCAGCAUGGUCGAUCUCCUCCGCGAUGUGGCGUCCCAUCCCUCGGUCGACGAGGCCGUGCGGCGCGACGUCGAAGUCCAGGAAUUCAAAUACUGGCGCAAGCUGGUCGGCGUUCUCUCUGCCGCCAAGCCCGAGACCAAGGGCAAGCAGUCUGCCACAAAGCAGGCCCCUGCCACAAAGCAGCCUGCGGCCAAGACCAAGACCGACACCCUCUCGGCCAAGGUCGCUGCCAAGAACCCCAAGCUCCCGUCCAAGCCGAGCGAGCCUGCACCAGACAAGGCGGCCGGUACUGCCGUUCCGACGCUGUUCAAAGCGGUCGAAGUGCCACACAUCACCAAGGCUGACGCUCUGGCGCGUGCCAACGGUCUGGCCGACGGCUUUGUCCUUCUCGGUGUUGGUGGUGCCGCCGAGGAGGCCUGGACGUGGGUCAUUGAAGGCCGCAACGAACCCACUAUCAACUAUGACCUCGAGCUCUUGCACAAGUUUGCACACACCUUCCCCACGGCGCACCUCACCGACUUUAUUGACGACUACUGCCGUCUGUUCAAGCUUCCCCUGCCAGAGCCCGAUGAGGAGGAUGCCGACUCGCCGAAUGAGACUGCCGGUUCGGAAGACAAGGUCAAGUACAAGCGUCCUCGCAGGGGCAAGGGCAAUAACCAGCAUGUCAAUGCCCGCGAACGCCGCAGGCAGCGCCGCGCUGCUGCCAAGCAGGAGGGCGAGCUCUCCGAGGACAUUGACGAGGAGGAGCACGACGAGCUCGUUGCCUCCAUGACGAAACUCCUCGAGCGCCUGAACAAGUCUGUGUUUGCCCACCGCGUCAUGGCCCGUGUUGCCAUCCAGGAGGAAGACUGGGCCAACGCCAUCUCGUACUCUGAAAAGGGCCGCAAGCUUACUCGCGAAAUCGAGUCUGAGCGCGGUAUCAAGCUUCCAGUCGUCCACACCUCGCUCGACGAAGCACUCGGCGUGGCUCUGGUCCCUUACUACCCUCCCAAGCACCACCAGCGUGCCUCGCGUCUUCUCACGGGCGUCCUCAAAGACCUCCCUGCCGACUAUGAGGCGCGGUUCAACAUGGGUGUCAUUCUCCAGACGGCCAAUAACUGGGCUGGCGCGCGCGAGCACUUCCAGACCCUCCUCGACCAGGGCGGCGAGGAAAAGGAAAUGGUCGCGGCGCGCGAAGAGCUCGGCUGGUGUCUCGUCAACGAGGGCCAGCUCGCCGAGGGCCGCGAUGUUCUUGAGGCUGUCGUCGAGAUCCGUGACUCGCGCAAGGAGCAAGAGGGCAAGGACGACGAGGCGCCGCAGCGCGCACGCGCGUGGUGGCGCCUCGGCCGCACCGAGUGGAUGAUUGGCGACGACGAGAGCCGCACCAACGCCCAAGAGUGGUUCAUGGCCUCGCUUCGCGCCGACGCGUCGUUUGCGCCCGCUUACACCGCCCUCGGCGUGUGCUACGCCGAGGCCGUCUCCCCGCCCGACACGGAACGCGCCCUCAAGUGCUUCCAAAAGGCGUUUGAGCUCGACGCGACCGAGACUGACGCGGCCCGCCGCCUGGCGUUUGGCUUUGCCGACGACGACGAGUGGGCGCUUGUCCGCGCCAUCGCCACGCGUGUCAUGGAGGGCGAGGGCGGCGUCGAGGGCGUCGCUGGCGGUGAAGUCAUGAACGCUGCCGGCCGCUUUGCGCCAAAGAACGGCUGGGCCUGGAAGGCCCUUGGCUCGACUGAGAUGCACUACAAAAACUACCAAAAGGCGAUCAACGCUUACCAGAUUGCGCUCCGCGCGGAGCCCGAGGAUGCCAGCAUGUGGCGCAUGCUCGGUGACGCGUACGUCAAGUGCGGCCGCCACAUUGCCGGCAUCAAGGCUCUCCAGCACGCCCUCGAGCUCGAGCCCGACAUGUGGAUGGCGCACUACCACCUUGGCGAGGUACACAUCCAGCUGGGCGCGUACGAGACUGCUAUCGAGGCCUACAAGGCCGUCGAGGCGGCCACGCACGGUGCCGAGGUCGGCGUGACGGCCGCACUCGCAGAGGCCACCCUCGCUCUAGGCCGCCAAGCAGCUGCGGGUGGAUUCCACGAGCGCUCGCGCCGUGGUUUCCACGAAGCCAUCGAGUAUGCUGCCCGUGUGCUCCAGUCUGGCCGUGCCCACCGCGCCUGGGCGUGGAAGCUCAUUGGCGACGCUGCACUCGAGCUCGCGGAGCGCGAGGCUGACGCGUCGGAAAUCGAGAGCACGGCCGCGGUCCUCCACCCCGUCCUCGAGCACCUGGUUGCCGACGACGACGACCGCCGUUCGGCCGUCGCAGGUCUGGGCCACGCUUCCAACCUCCUCCAGGCUGCCCCGGGUACGUACCACACGACCAAGGCUGCCAUCUUUGCGCUUGCGUACCGCGCCCACCUGCUCAAGAACGAGAUCCGUGUGGCCGACCGCGCGCUGUACGACCUCGGAUGCGCCCUGCACUCGCUCGCCGUCAAGACUGCCGACGAGACAGAGCGCGCUGCCGCGACCAAGGCGGCCGUGUCUGCCAUCCGCCUGGCGCUCGAGCGCGAUGCCAGCGACGAACGUCUGUGGAACGCCCUCGGCGUGAUCUGCUCCGCUGCCGGCCCCCAGCUCGCGCAGCACGCGUUUGUCGUCUCGCUCGAGUGCUACGCCAAAGACCCCAUCGUCUGGACGAACCUGGGCUACCUGUACCUCCAGCUCAACGACCGCGACCUCGCCAACGAGUGCUUCCUCAAGUCGCAGACCAUGGACCCAGACUAUGCGCGCGCAUGGUUUGGCCAGGGCGUGCUUGCCGCUCGUGACGGACAGCAGGAGCAGGCCGACAGCCUGUUCGCCCAUGCCGUGACGCUGUCGGCGGGCUCGCUCCUCGAGGCCGACCUUGCGCUCGCGCUCGGCGCUCACGCGCGCUCCCUCAACCCCAUGGCUCGCGACACGACCGCCCUGCACCAGCCGGCCUUUGCGCUCAAGCGGUACACCCACUCGCGUCCACGCGAUGCCGCCGCGCAGCACGUGUACGCGCUCGUGUGCGAGCGCCUGGGCCUGGCCGAUAACGCGGUCGCGGCGCUCGAGACGGCCGUCGAGCUCCUCGAGCAGGAGUUUGAGGCGUCAGAGUCGGCCGACACCGAGGCAAACUACACUGUCGCGCUCGCAAACCUCGGCCGUGUCCGCCUCGCCGCUGGCAAGUACACGGAGGCUCUCGAGUCGUAUACCAACUGCGCCGAGCUUGCUGCCGGCAGCGCGGAGCCGCGCGUCGCUGCCCUCGUCGUCCAGGCUCGCCUGGGAUCGGCGCUGGCCCAUUUCUGGCUCCAGGACCUGGACGCGAGCCUCGAGGCGUUCCAGAGUGCCCUGGACGCGAGCAAGAACGACGACGCGCUCACUGACGAGCUGGUCGUGCUCCUUUCCCGCACGCUCUGGGGCGUGGGUGGCGAGGACGCGCGUGACGCUGCCAAGACGCAUCUCAUGGAAUGCCUCGAGCACGAAGAACCGAGCGUCAAGGUCGUUGCCGCGCUGGGUGCCGUGGGCCUCGGGUCCGACGACACCGACCUCGUCGACGCCGCUGUCGCCGAGCUCGAGACUGUGCCGCCACCCCGCAAGCUGUUCCAGGACCCGCACGGCGCCGCCGACCUCGUGCUCUUCGCGCACGCCCUCAUCAAGGGCGACGCCGACGGUGCGCUCGCCGUCUUCGAGGCAGCUGCCACGGCCAACCCGUACGCUGCCGGACCGCGCAACCGCCUCGCCAAGGCGUACGUUGCCGCAGGCAAGAGUGCCGAGGCCGCGGCGCUGCUCGCCGCCGUCCGUGAGCCCCUGGUCGCUGACGCGGCCGAGGCGGAGCGCGUGCGCGGCGUAGCGGCCACCCUCGAGGGCAGCGAGGACACGAGCGCGCUCCAGCGUGCUGUGCUGCUCACGCCAUGGGACGCGGCCAGCUGGGAGGCGCUGGCGUGGGCCAAGCGUGCCGCCGUCGAGGUCGAGGCGGCCGAAUAG